UUGAUGACACUGAGCUCAUCUCUCUGUUGUUCAAGCUUUUUGGUUGAUCUAUAAGCAAUAACAAACACUAAUCUAACUGACUUAACUAGCUGACAUCAUGGGGGACAUGUCCAACAGCGAUUUUUAUGCCAAGAACCAAAGAAACGAGGGCAACCAUGAGGCAGGCUUCGGCUGCUCGCUCAUGGAGCUGCGCUCGUUGAUGGAGCUGCGUGGCACAGAGGCGGUGGUCAAGCUCCAGGAGGACUACGGGGGUGUAGAGGGACUGUGCAAACGACUGAAAACCUCACCCACAGAAGGUCUCGCAGGUGCCCAACCUGACCUGGACAAGAGAAAAGAAAUAUUUGGGAAAAACCUGAUACCUCCAAAGAAGCCAAAAACCUUCCUGCAGCUGGUAUGGGAGGCCCUGCAGGAUGUCACCCUCAUCAUCCUGGAGAUCGCUGCACUGAUUUCCCUGGGCCUAUCCUUCUACCACCCUCCCGGAGAGAGCGGCGGAGAGUCCUGUGGCGCGGCAGCAGGCGGUGUAGAGGACGAGGGCGAGGCGGACGCUGGCUGGAUCGAGGGUGCAGCCAUCCUGUUGUCUGUGGUGUGUGUGGUGCUGGUUACGGCCUUCAAUGACUGGUCGAAGGAGAAGCAAUUCCGUGGGUUGCAGAGCCGCAUUGAACAGGAGCAGAAAUUCCAGGUGGUGCGUGGUAGCCAGGUCAUCCAGCUGCCCGUGGCUGACAUAGUGGUGGGGGAUAUCGCACAGAUCAAAUACGGUGAUCUGCUUCCUGCUGAUGGGGUGUUGAUCCAGGGCAAUGAUCUGAAGAUUGAUGAGUCAUCACUGACCGGAGAGUCCGACCACGUCAGGAAGUCUUCAGACAAGGACCCCAUGCUGUUGUCUGGGACUCAUGUGAUGGAGGGGUCAGGGCGCAUGGUGGUGACUGCUGUCGGUGUCAACUCUCAGACCGGAAUCAUCUUCACCCUGCUGGGGGCCAGCACAGAAGAAGAAGAGAAGAAAGAAAAGAAAGGAGGGGCAGUGGAAGACGGACACCAGAUUACAGACUGCUCCCAUCCCCCUAUCCACCCUAUCGCAACUAUAGCCACGGAUGGGGCUGCAGGCAUUAAUGCCCCUGGCAGUGCCAGCCUAAUUAAUGGUAAAAUGCAAGAUGGCAAUAUGGAGAGCAACCAGAUUAAAGUAAAGAAGCAGGAUGGAGCUGCUGCCAUGGAAAUGCAGCCUCUAAAGAGUGCUGAAGGUGGAGAGGCCGAUGAAAAAGAGAGGAAGAAGGUGUCUGUUUCAAAGAAAGAGAAGUCUGUGCUGCAAGGGAAGCUGACAAAAUUGGCCGUCCAGAUUGGCAAAGCAGGUUUGCUCAUGUCAGCCAUCACAGUCAUCAUCCUGGUCCUGUAUUUUGCCAUUGACAACUUUGUGAUGCAGAAGCACCCUUGGAUGCCAGAGUGCACUCCCAUCUACAUCCAGUACUUUGUCAAGUUCUUCAUCAUCGGUGUGACUGUGUUGGUGGUGGCCGUGCCAGAGGGGCUGCCGCUGGCUGUCACCAUCUCCCUGGCAUAUUCUGUCAAGAAAAUGAUGAAAGACAACAACCUGGUGCGUCACCUGGAUGCAUGCGAAACGAUGGGCAACGCUACCGCCAUCUGCUCUGACAAGACAGGCACGCUAACUACCAACCGCAUGACGGCUGUGCAGUUUUACGUUGGAGAUGUGCACUACAAAGAAAUCCCAGAUCCUGGAGUUCUGCCACCCAAAUCACUGGACUUACUGGUCAAUGCCAUCUCCAUCAACAGCGCCUAUACCACCAAGAUACUGCCCCCAGAUAAGGAAGGCGGUCUGCCGAAGCAGGUGGGCAACAAGACAGAGUGUGGCCUGCUGGGACUGGUUUUGGACCUGAAGCGGGAUUACCAGCCUAUUAGAAACCAGAUCCCAGAGGAGAAGCUUUACAAAGUCUACACCUUCAACUCUGUCAGGAAGUCCAUGAGCACUGUCAUCAAAUUGCCUGAUGGGAACUUCCGCAUGUACAGCAAAGGAGCCUCUGAGAUUGUCCUCAAAAAAUGCAGCCAUAUUCUGAACGAGGUGGGAGAGUCGAGGGUUUUCCGUCCGCGGGACAAGGAUGAGAUGGUGAAGAAGGUGAUUGAGCCAAUGGCAUGUGAUGGCCUGAGGACCAUCUGUGUGGCGUACCGUGACUUCUCCAGUGAUCCUGAGCCAAACUGGGACGAUGAGAACAACAUCCUUAGUGACCUCACAGCCAUCUGUGUCGUGGGGAUAGAGGACCCUGUCAGGCCAGAGGUGCCUGAUGCCAUCAUGAAGUGCCAGCGUGCAGGCAUCACAGUGCGCAUGGUGACAGGAGACAACAUAAACACAGCCAGGGCCAUAGCCAUCAAGUGUGGUAUCAUCCACCCUGGAGAGGACUUCCUCUGCAUCGAUGGCAAAGAGUUCAACAGGAGGAUCCGCAACGAGAAAGGAGAGGUGGAGCAGGAACGUAUUGACAAGGUUUGGCCUAAACUCCGAGUUCUGGCCAGAUCCUCCCCGACCGACAAACACACACUCGUCAAAGGAAUUAUUGACAGCACUAUGGCAGACCAGAGGCAGGUGGUAGCUGUGACAGGAGAUGGGACCAAUGAUGGACCAGCUCUAAAGAAAGCUGAUGUCGGCUUCGCUAUGGGUAUUGCUGGUACAGAUGUAGCCAAGGAGGCAUCAGAUAUCAUCUUGACUGAUGAUAACUUCAGCAGCAUCGUCAAGGCGGUAAUGUGGGGCCGAAACGUCUACGACAGCAUCUCCAAGUUUCUACAGUUCCAGCUUACUGUCAACGUUGUGGCCGUCAUAGUGGCUUUCACUGGUGCCUGCAUCACGCAGGACUCCCCCCUGAAGGCAGUGCAGAUGUUGUGGGUGAACCUGAUCAUGGAUACUUUUGCAUCCCUGGCUCUGGCAACAGAACCUCCCACAGAGUCUCUGCUGAAGAGGAAGCCAUACGGUCGCAACAAGCCUCUCAUCUCCAGCACCAUGACAAAGAACAUCUUCGGACACGGAGUCUAUCAGCUCAUCAUCAUCUUCACACUGCUCUUUGUUGGCGAACAAAUCUUUGACAUUGACAGUGGCCGUAACGCACCCCUCCACUCUCCUCCAUCUGAGCACUACACCAUCAUCUUCAACACCUUCGUCAUGAUGCAGCUCUUUAAUGAGAUAAAUGCUCGAAAAAUCCACGGAGAGAGGAACGUGUUUGAUGGUAUCUUCAGGAACCCCAUCUUCUGCUCUAUUGUUUUUGGCACCUUUGCUGUGCAGAUUGUGAUUGUGCAGUUUGGGGGGAAGCCAUUCAGUUGUCAACCUCUGGACCUGGAAAAGUGGAUGUGGUGUGUUUUCCUCGGGCUGGGAGAGCUUGUCUGGGGACAGGUCAUAGCCACCAUACCCAAUAGCAGGUUGCGCUUCCUGCGGAGGGCCGGCCAGUUAACUCAGAAAGAUGAGUUACCAGAAGAAGACGUCAAUGAAGAAAAUGAGGAGAUCGACCACGCAGAGAGGGAGCUGAGGAGAGGACAGAUACUCUGGUUCAGAGGACUCAACCGCAUUCAGACUCAGAUUGAAGUAGUCAACACCUUCAAGAGUGGCACCUCCUUUCAGGGGGCGGGGGCUCUGAGACGGCAAUCAUCCACCACCAGCCAGACCCAGGAUAUCCGCGUUGUGAAUGCAUUCCGUAGCUCCCUCUAUGAAGGCCUGGAAAAACCAGACUCCAGAACAUCCAUCCACAACUUCAUGACACACCCCGAGUUUAGGAUAGAAGACUCCACACCCAACAUCCCCCUCAUCGAUGACACAGACGAUGAUUCUGCUCGGAAGAAGAGGAAGUACUCCAGCCAGCCCUCGUCCCCCAACAAGAACAACAACGCCAUCGACAGUGGCAUUAAUCUCACCAUCGACACCAGUAAAUCAGCCGCUUCCUCCAGCCCCGCCAGCCCUCUGCACAGCUUGGAGACCAGCCUCUAACCCUGAUCCUGACCUCAGCUCUAACCUCUAACCUCCUUUCCUUGCAGUCUGGGUGUGCCUCCUUCAAUGCCCUCCAGACCUUUAACUACAACCUUACACCUUGUCAGGCCCAAAAUUUCACCCAGUCCAGCUCAAUUCUUAUCCUCCAGCCCCUCAAACACCGAUUUACCACCCACACCGGACAGGUCCUGUGGCGACAUGUCCAUCUUUCCCCCUUUAAACUUGAGCUCUUAAAGCUCUCCGCUCCUCUCGAAAUGGAGAAAAUCUAAACUAAUAUGGCAAGGUUAAAAGAAAAACAAUCUUAACAUACAAUCAAAAAAGCGCAACAAAGCCACAAAAUCUGCACAGCCAUCCUGCUUUUAUUGGUUGUAUGUGUACUGUGGCAGCAGUGGUGGUGUGUAUGACUAUAUGCGUGUUAGCAUGUACUGUAUAAGCGUGCCGCUGACUGCACAUAUGUAGGAACUGUGUCUUUAGUGACACCGGGAUGAGGACAAUAAGGAGGGAGACACUGCUGAGGUGUGAAAACCACGAAACAGAACAGACUUUAAAA